AUGACAAGCCUGAAUCUUCCUCUGCAACUUCAUCCGGAACCUGCACAGAUCCCGAAUCCAGGACACAGUCAGAUGAUGGUGCCUAUGGGUUUCGCAGCGCAGCUGCGAGCACUACAAGAAAUACAGCAAGAGCAGGCAGAGCGUAUUUCCAGAUUGGAGCAAGAGAACGCGGAUCUCAGGAAUUUUGAACGAAGCGUUAUCGACGUCGCUGAUCGCGUCCGAGCACUUGAGCAGCACAAAGCCUAUAUUGCCGCGAGACGUAGGGAGGCAGUCGGCCAACUUCUCAAUAUGCGAACCCUACACCAAGAAGCCGACAACGCGUUUCAGCUUCGUACAUCAGACAUGCAACCAGAUGAUCUCGAAGGCAUAUUGGGGGUGUACGGCACCAUGUUGACCACCACAAUGAACCACCAUCAGCGUGUGCUUGCCCAAACGCGUGCAAACGGCCACUUCCCCACGUAUGCAACACCGAUUCCACAGACUCAGCAGGUGACUGCACCAAUGCACUAUCGCCACGCGUAUGCAGCUGCGUACUCCGAACAUGGGUACUGCUAUGCCCAUAACAUGCCUUAUCACUGUCGUGUUUGCAGCAACUGGCAUACUGACGUUGAUGCUCUACGCAUCCAUCAUGGCCCUGAAUCGAGGAGCCACUCCUCUUGAGUAAUGUAUAGCAAAGUGUUGAGUUGGAAUGGAAGUCGGCAGGGUUGGCGUACGCGUGGUAUGGUUCAGACGUUUCUGCGCGAUAUUGAUUGAACCACUGGUACAGG